GUAGUCAAAGAGGAGAGCAUCUACAUAUAUUUGCUUAUUAUUUUUGCCUGGUUUCUUUUUUCUCAAUUUGUCACCCUUUUUUGCAUUUAGAAUUGAUUCUGAUGAGAAUUUCCUACCAACAGGCAGGAACACAACUAUUCAGUGGCAAGACAUCGUGGAUGAGGACAGAUUCAAACAUGAGCUGCAUCAAUCGUCCAGACAUCCUCACAGAACGUCUUCCCCGGUUAACCUGGAGUCCUACACCAAGAGCUGCAUGUGCACAGACCCACGAGAACAUGAAGAGACUGCAAGCUGUUCUUACGUCAUGUCUCAGAAGGUGAAAGAUCCAGAGCGGUUGUUGGGGGAGAUAGCCUUCCAGCUGGAUCGAAGGAUCCUGUCCUAUGUGUUCCAGGGCCAGAACAGACUCUAUGGGUUCACUGUGCUCAAUAUACGAGACAAGAUCAUUCAGGUGUCCACACACCCUCUGACGGGGAAGGUGGACGAGGGCUACAGGCUCCAGCUGUCCCAGCGCUACACUGAGCUGAUGGCCAAGCUGAAGCAGCUGGGCUAUAGUAUGACUCUCCACCCCCCCUUCACAGAGUUCAUCAUCAACACCUAUGGCAUACUGAAGCAGAGGGCUGACUCAUACAGCGCCCGGGGAGCUGGGAUACAACAGGUGAUGAUGUAG